GGCUACAAUAUUUGUAUUGGGGAUGGCAGCAUAAUCAACCGGAAUGCUACAAUUCUUGAUGAUGCCAAGGUCACUAUUGGAUGUGGUUCCCUCUUAGCAACUGAUGUCAAGAUCUACACUCUUACCCAUGCUUCCAAUCCUGAUGAGCGCCUGCAAGACAAUCAGGCAAACAGCGAGUAUCGAUACCCAGUCACAAUUGGUAACAACUGUUGGAUUGGUGGAGGAGCAAUCAUAUUGCCAGGUGUCACAAUUGGGAAUGAUGUCACAGUUGCUGCUGGAGCGGUUGUCAACAAGGAUGUUGAGAGUCGAUGCCUUGUUGCUGGUGUUCCCGCCAGAGUUGUGAAAUGGUUCCCCAAGGCGGAAUGA